AUGGUGCUGCUGGCCGGGCCCGGGCCGGAGGGCGGCGGCGCGCUCCGCGUGGCCCCGCAGCCGCCGACCCCGCCGCGGGGCGCCAAGGCCCGGGAGGACCCCGCCGCCGCCGCCGCCGACGAGGAGGAGGAGGAGUACGAGGACUUCUCGCGCCUGCCCGACACCCGCAGCCUCGCCUCGGACGACUCCUUCUACCCGGCCCCGAGCCCGGAGGAGGAGCGCGGCGCCGGCGGCGCGGACGGCGGCCCGGAGGCAGUCCCCGAGGGCGGCCCGGAGGCGGCCACCCUGCUGCGCGCCGCCCGCGCCAACGACGUGGGGCUCCUGCGGGCGCUGGUGCGGCGCGGGCUGCGCGCGGAGGAGGCGCAGGAGACCGACCCCAACGGCCGGACCAGCCUCAUUGUCGCCUGCUACCACGGCUUUGUGGACGCUGUGGUGGUCUUGGCAGAGUGCCCCCAUGUUGACGUCAACUGGCAGGACAGCGAGGGGAACACGGCCCUCAUCACAGCUGCGCAGGCAGGCCAUGCCACCAUCACCAACUACUUGUUGAACUACUUCCCCGGGCUUGACCUUGAAAGGAGGAACGUGUUUGGGUUCACGGCCCUGAUGAAAGCUGCCAUGCAGGGCCGAACGGAGUGCAUCCGAGCCCUGAUGCUAGCAGGGGCGGACGUCCACGCCAGGGACCCCCACCGCGGGAUGUCGCCCCAGGAGUGGGCCACCUACACGGGGCGGACGGAGGCCGUGCGCCUCAUGGGGAGGCUGCUGGAGCGCCCCUGCGCGGAGCAGUUUGGGGAGAAGUACAAGCCGGAGCUGCAGGGGGUCCUCGAGGGGGUCCUGAAGCCCGGGAGCUCCAAAAGCUGCCUGCAGCGGCUCACGGAGUUCGUGCGCUCCACGCUGACCCCCCGCUCGCGCCCGGGCCUGGCGGACGGGGGCGCCCUGGACCACAUGGUCAGGAUGACCACGAGCCUCUACAGCCCCGCGGUGGCCAUCGCCUGCCGGACCGUGUGCCCCGAGGACCCGCCCUGCGUGGGCAAGAGGCGGCUGGCGGUCCAGGAGAUCCUGCAGGCUCCGGGGGCCCCAGACACCCGCGCCCAGGAGAGGGCCAAGGCGCAGGAGCCCGAGCAGCCAUCCCGGACCCCCCAGGCUGUGGGGGCCUCCAGGGAGGGCGCCCCGAGAGCCAGCCUGGCGGCCCCGCGAAGGACCAGCCUCCUGGCGCUGCCGCUGCGGAGGCGGAGCAGCGUGCGGCCCGGCGUCCCCAUCCCCCGGGUGCGCAUCACCAAGGCGCCCGCGCCCACCUUCCAGCCCGAGCGGGCGCCCGCCAAGGCCGGCGCCAAGGACAGCUCGCACCUGCAGCUGCCCAAGUGGCGGUACAAGGAGGCCAAGGAGGAGAAGCGGAGGGCGGAGGAGGCGGAGAGGCAGCGCGCGGCGGCCGCGCACAAGGGCCGGCGGGCGGCGCCCUGGAGGAGGCGGACGUGA